AUGGCCGAAACUUCUACGUUCACGGUGCCUGCUGGACAAGCCAUCACAGUGAAACUCAUCAACACGGUAAACUUCGGACCUGCACAGCUACACAGAUUUAUGGCACCACCGGUUCCUGGUAUGGAAACACAUCCCAGCAACCCAUCUUUUUCGUUCCUUUUGGAACAUUCGUCGGGUCGAAAACUGGUUUUUGACCUGGGAAUCCGCAAGGACUAUCAAAACUAUGCUCCUAAAAUUGCAGAGUACAUCCCGACGACUAAUUACAAAAUUGAGGUGACUAAAAAUGUGAUUGAUAUUUUGGAGGAAGAGGGUAUCCAAGGGGAAGAUAUAGAAGCUGUCUCAUUGGCACUGGGACCAUAUUGGAGAUCCUUCUUCGUUUCCAUAUUCAACCGACUUAAUUGGUUUAAGGAUGCGAUGCUGCCUGCAGCGCCUCAAAAUCCAGAUUCACCACUGAGCGAGUCUGCUUUCGAAGGGCGAAACCUGCGAGAAAUAGCAUUUGAGGGUGAAGAGUGUUUAAAGAUUGGCCGUUUCAAUGCAUGGGACUAUUUUGGCGACGGCUCUUUCUAUCUUCUUGAUAGCCCCGGUCAUGCUAUCGGCCAUUUGUGCGGACUGGCCAGAACAACCACCAACCCCGAUACAUUUGUACUCCUGGGCGGCGAUUAUUUGCCUGUUCCUGAGUGCAUUCAACCACAUCCAUGCCAUCCACAUGGAGAUGCCACGUUUUGUCCUGGCGGGGCAUGGGAGGAGCUGCAGCAAUCGCGGGGUCGAGGUGUGAAUGAUCCACUCUUCACUCCGACUUUUGGUCAUGACAUUCCUCAAAUAAUUGAGACGAUUGGAAAACUGCAAGAGGCGGACUGUUUGGAUAAUGUAUUUGUCAUUAUUGCUCACGAUGCCACCGUUCGGGAUUGUGUUGAUCAGUUCCCAUUGAGUUUGAAUCGAUGGAAAGAACAAGGCUGGGCCAAGGACCUCAAAUGGGCAUUCUUACGCGAUGCCGAGGUCUAUUGGAAGUCGAAAGGUGUAAUUUGA